AACCAUGUGACAAAACAAACCUAAACAACAUCUUCAUCAUUCUUUUAAUUUUUAUAAUACUGUUACUAUACUCAUCAACUACAGCUUACAAUAUAAAGAGAUCAAGAUGUCAAGCAAUCUAUCCUUGUCUGAUGCCCAAUCACUACACUUAGACUCUGACAAAGAUGAGUUCAUAAGCUUAAUCAACAUUAGCCUAGUAAGUUCAGCUCCAGUUGAAGAAGUACAAGGCGAUGAUGAACACUUUCUGUCCAGAGGAGCUCAAGAACCUGUAUUGACCGUUGGCCAGGAUCAUGUUGAAAAUGAACACCCCAAGUUGUUUGGGGAGAUUACUGAAUGUGGUGUCAAAACACCCAACCCUCAAGUUGUGGAGGCCGGUUUGGAAAACCUCACCGAAAAAGACAUCCAGGAAGUCAACAAUAAAGAUCAAAUGCCAGAUGCAGUCUUUCCAACUUUACAACCAUCUAACGGGUCUGUUCUAACUGUGGAAAAUGUUGAUGAGGUGAAUUCUGAAGCUCGAGAUCCGCAGCUUGUGGUCACUAUACAAAACCCAAUGCUACUAGAGGGACGAGCGCAGUCACCAGUUUUACCACCACCUGCAGUGUCUAUCAAGCACCAAGAAACAAGUAAAAUUGGUGUUCAGGCUCCCAGAUUUAAAGCCACUUCUGUCAAUUCGAGUGAACUCUCUAGUACUAGUAGUGGACCUUGCUUCAAAAUUCUCGAAGUGAAACCUAACCCUACGUUUACAAAUAGCCAACAGUCUAAUCCCCAAGCAAGGGCUAAUGACAGUGUAGAUGGCCAAUCAAACACAACAACGAAGUUUCCACAACAAGUUGCAGACGCAAACCAGGGAAGCUGGGGUUACAUGGACUUACCAAAGAUACAACUUCAGUAUUGUCGACCAACUCGUACUAAUCCUAAUGGAGGGGAUAGUCUCAUUAAACAAGUGGAGGCUGGACAGUUUCCGAAGUAUGAAUUACUUCACAAAAAACCUGGACACAUUCUCUAUAGCAUUGAGGAAGAGGAAGACCUGGUUGCUGGGAAGGACUUCCCACACUUCAAGCCGCAGGAACAACGCAACUCAGAAAUAUUGGGAAAAGGAGGCAAUGGAAAAGUUGUUUCUUUCACAUUCAGUAAUAAAGAAUAUGCCGUCAAGGAGACCCGGUAUCGUAAGACCGAACUAAACAUUUGGUCCAAACUACAACACCCAAACAUCGUCCUUCUUAAAGCCGUGAUGAUUGGAGAAAAGUACAAAGAGUGCUACCAGUUCAUGCCACGGAUGUCCGGAGACCUUCGCUCAAUUAUGACCAAAUGUGGUGACCUUCGUACCCUAUUAGAACAGCAACCUCAGAAUUGGGAAGCUUUUCUUGAAAACACUAAAUAUAUUCUUGCCGGGGUUUCAAAGGGAUUGAAGUAUUUGGACCAACAUGGAAUACAGCACAGUGACAUCAAAGCUGCCAAUGUUCUGGUCCAAAAGGAGUGUAGGUGUCGUACUAUUCUCCAUUGCGAAUGUGAUAACAAGUACAUCAUCAAUAUAUCGGAUUUUGACUCAGCAAGGCAAACCGAAUUUUUGCGGAAGCCCAACCAGUUCUCUGUCUGUAAGACAAGCAUGAGUGAUUAUCAAAUGUUGUUUGUGAACGGCACUAAAGGUCACAGGGCUCCUGAGCAAUUCAAGCAAUGUCCAUAUGGAGCUGCUGAGUAUAAGAAGACGCUGAAGGAUGGCAAACCACUCUACGAUAUGGAAGGUCCAUGGUGUGAUAUCUGGAGUAUGGGUGUGAUGUUGCUUCAAUUAAUUCUGGUCAAGGGACUUGCUGUUCGUGAGGCUGGAAUGCUGACUAACUACGAAGGCAACGAUAUGCAUCCCUGUAUCGAGCCCAUAUCUGUAACGGUUUGCCUGAAGGAACUGUUGAUGAUUUGCUUGGAUCAACCCGAGUUGAACCCUCUUGCUAAAGUAGCAAGUAAAUGCCUAAUAAUUGACUGUACAGAGAGGCCUACAGCUGAAGGAAUUCUCAACAUCAUUAAUCCUUCCGACUGUAAAGAUGGUAGCCAUGCGUAGUAGUAUAAAGAAGACGCCACUCGAUCCUCUAUAAUUAUUUCGUAUACUUUAAUGAAACAUUCAUUGCUAAAACAGUAGACUAUUAAUUUUUACUAUUAACUAUUAAUUUUUACCACAUAUAGCAAUUAACUAAGAAUUUGGUAAAGAGCACUUAUUAUACAACAGUGGUGCAGCAAGAG